AUGCCGUCGCCCACGGACGAUGAGACGCCGUUCCCUGCUCUAAGCCACGCCGCGACCUUCAGCGUCUUUGGACGCUCGCAUCUCUCCCCGCAAGACGCACACCUCUCGCCGCCGCGACGGGCACGCGGUUUCGAUGGCGACGGCACCUCUGAGAUGAGGCGGCUGGGCGGCUACACCGAGAGGAGCCGCAGUCGUCGACGGAAGCGCGCUUGGAAGAAGCUCAUGUGGGUGAAGCAAUCCUUCCCAGACAACUACACCGACCAAGCAACGUUUCUUGAAAACCUCCAACGCAACCCCCGCCUCAAACCGUACGACUUUUGGCCGCUCGUCGCCGAUUCCACCGUCAUCCUCCAACACGUCUGCUCCGUAACCAUCUUCAUCGUCUGCUUCGUGGGCAUAUACCACGAGCGCGUGUCGCCCGUGUCGGUCGUCAGCUGGAGCAGCUUCGCCACCUUUGUCGGCUGGAUCCUCUGGGAGCGCUGGGUGUCCGAGGAGGAGGACAAGGAGGACGAGGCCAACGCGGCGGCAGCAGCGACGAGCAGCGAGGCCCUCGGCGGCGGCAGCGGCGAGCCCCUCGUGCCGCUCGACGAGAGCCGCACGCACCAGCGCCUCGGCACCAUCAAGUCGGCGCUGCUCAUCUGGUCUACGCUCCUGGGCCUCAGCCCCAUCCUCAGAUCCCUCACCGAGUCCACCAGCAGCGACAGCAUCUGGGCCAUCUCCUUCUGGCUGCUCGCCAUCAACAUCUUCUUCUUUGACUACUCGGGCGGCGUGGGCGCCAAGUUCCCCGCGUCGCUGUCGACCAAUGCCGCGCUCAUGGCGUCCACCGUGCUCGCCAGCCGCCUGCCCUCCACCGGACAGGUCUUUAGCCUGACCCUCUUCAGCAUCGAGGUGUUUGGGCUGUUCCCCGUGUUCAGACGGCACAUCCGCCACCGCAGCUGGCGAUACCACGUCCUUCAGACGGUGGUUCUUGUCCUGGGCGCCGGGCUGGGCGUGGGCAUGGUUGUGGGCGCCGUCCAGGGCCGGAGGUGGCCGUGGAAGAGCGGCAUCGUCGGCAUGAUCCUCUCCGUUGUGAUUGCCGCGCUGGCCACGGGUGGGUGUAGUUGGUGGCUGAUUGGGUUGCAAAAGUACAAGAAUGAGAUUCGGGGCCCCUGGGAUCCUGCCCGGCCAAUUAUUAUGAGUAGGACGAGGUGGAAUGAUAGAUGA